GUAAUCACAAAAUUUAUGGCUCUUCACCUGCAGUCUACAGACAAAUCAGUCGAUGCCCGACCUCUAGCAUUUAGCAUAGAGAAAGUAGACUCCACAACUGACCAGUGGUCAGCUCUGGAGCAUUUCUCCAGAGACUGCAACAAAUAUUUUCCAAGCAUACCUAAGUUCCAGCCAUUCGAUAUCGACCCAGACUUCACCCGUGUACUCUGCACAGAAUACCCUCCUGUGGAUGAUGAUAGUCCCUAUGAUGAUUACUACAAUGAG